AUCAUCAGUUCGCAAGAAAUGGAUCAGUCCAGUGGCAGAUUCAGUUAAGUACUGUAGCUGUGUUGUAGUUCACCACUUGGAGCCUUGCUUGCGAUCUUUUUUGGUGGACGAAAUGAGUACUGACUCCGACUCGAGUACUUCAUUCUGAUCUUGAAUUUUUUGAAGCAAGAUUUUUCUGCUCGCGUUGAUCACUCGAGAAAAAGCGACGGAGCCAUUGCUAUGGGAAAAGUGGUGGAUAAAGUACUACAAUUCAACAACAUUGCGGCCCCUCCUAUAUAAUUCAAAAUGUUCUUUGCUGGAUCAUGAGAAAGCCUUUUCCUUCCGGACUCCACCUCCCGAACGGAACCAGAGUAAACCACCCUCAACGUGCAAGAGCCAGAGUUUGUUCGCCACCACGCGCCAGAACCUCGACAGCACUUUGUCACCUCAGCGACGGCAGUUUCAAAAAUUCGAAAUCCUCGGAAUCCCUCACCACUAGGUUUUUGCUGCCCGCCGUUGUGAAGCAGAACCUAAAUCACACAGUAGUUCUUCCCAGGAGGCAAUUCGGCGUUUACUGUCGAACAAAACCGCUAUUUGCGAGCUACGAGGAGCAGAAAUGGUUGGACUUCAAGCGAUCGCUGGACGAGGCGGAGCCCGACCGGCGGUUGAUCACCGAGGAAGAAGUGCUGCGGUACUACCUACUGACAAAACGCGACUUGGUCGCCCUCGAAAAGAUCGAGGAGGAAAAUCCCUACGCCGUCGUGGGGCAAAGCGGUUCGUUCCAACAAGGGAACGACCAGGUGGACGUGCGUGGAGCAACAGAGGAAAACGGCCAGCCCACGUCGGAUCCGGCAACGGACGCGGCGAUCGUGAAUUCCUACUGGCUUUCGGACAUUGCGCCCCUGGCAUUGAGGAUACACGGCCGGGAACGACUGGAAACGAACUUUCACCGACAUUUCAGGGACCCCGCAGCACAACAUCAUUUUCAAGGCGACGACCACGAAGCCGGCGGUCAAGUACGAGAACAGGCAAGAACAUGUUAUACGUCAUCAAUUCCCGGUUAUACAUCAGAGGGAGCUGCAGAGGGGACGACGACAGCUGGGGGUGACGAUAUUUUAUUUACGCAGAGCGACAAAACAAGGCCCUUCGAACAACUGCAACGAGAGGUGGACUCCGGGCAGGAGCGGAAUGCCACGCCUUCGAAUGAGCAGCCGGAAAGUCGGAUCUUCGGGUUCUUAGCAUGGCACACUACCACCGAGAACCUGAUCCAGAGCAAGCGACGAUGGUACACGAACCGCCCGGCGGGGUCGGCGAAUGGCUCCGGCAAACACGGCGCGCCCGCUGGUGCGUUGGGCGGGCAGGAGCCGCAACAGGAGGGGAAGAUCUCUUUGUGGCAAGGGUUGAUCUCGAACUCGCUGAUCCUAUCCAUCAAGCUUGCCGUCUUCCUGGUUUCCCGGUCGCAGGCAAUUUACGCCGAGAUGAUGCACUCCGUGGCGGACGUUACCAAUUACUCCUACCGGCUUUUGAUGCUGCGGCAGGCGGAGCGGCAGGGGCCCAACCUGCAGCACCCCUACGGCUACGCGCCGUUGCGGUACAUCACGGCGGACCGGAGCUUCGUCGUGCUCGGAAUCAUCGGCGGCGUGUUUCCGCUGUUGCACGGCCUGUUGGAAAUGUGGGAACUGCACACGAACCUUCUCGAAGCGGUCGCUAGUACGCCAACAGCUGCUUCGGAAGAGCUGACAGCAGGUGUCGUGGUGGACCUACACAGUGGCUCUACUGGCACACCUGAUUCUGCUGGGUGCGUAGGAGGAGAGGCUCGCACUUCUGCCGACGGAGCACCAAUUGAUGUUUCACCUUCAUCCCUCGAAGUCCUCGAGGGCACUACGCAGAAAGUGAUUCACUGGUCCUCCAUUCUGCCGGCGAUCACGGUGCUGGGCGCCUCCUGCGGUCUCGAGUUUCGCGCCGCGCAGGUCAGCUUCCGCGAAAUCGAACAACUAGCGCAGCGCAGCUUUCUCAUUUCCGAUCCCGUCGCUAGUGCUCAGCAGGACGUUGGCGUAGGAAAAAAUUCUUCGAAUGUGAGCAGAAGCAGAAUAUCGAAAAUUUUUACUGGUGGGGCCGCCCGAGGUGGUCAUUUUUACGGCUUGUUCGGCAGCAAGUGGUUCCAUAAUUUAUUCGACGGCAGCAAGGUGGUCCCGAGCCCGACACAACUCUUGCAGGGGACCACCGCAGCACACCAGAGAGCGAACCGGUACCGCUUAGUGUACAAGUACCUGCACUCUGGCACGGAUGUGAUGUCGAUUGCCACGUUCCUGGAGGCCAGCGUGGGGGUGAUCGGGUGCGUGGUGGGUAUGGAGGGACUGUUGCUCUCCUUCCUGACGCAGAACCCGCUGUACGACAUCCAGGCCUCGCUGGCCAUGUCCACGAUGGUGCUGGGCACCAGCUACUUUCUGCUCACCCGCACCACCACGUCAUUGCUCGGCCAGGCACUGCCGGAAAAGACCGCCGGGUUUCUCGUGCGCAAGGUCGUCUCGGAUUUUCGCACGGUGUCGGACCUGUACGACAUCAAAACUGAGAUUCUAGGCACGGACACCGUGCGCUUCAAAGCCGAGGUCCGCUUCAACCCAGAGGCCAUCACCGAGCGAAAAAAGAAAGCCGCGGACGAAAAAAUUCUGGCGCACAUUCUCCAGAAAAAUCAAAAAGCAGCGGAAGCCGCUGGAGAUGAUGAUCAGGGUGGUAAAAUCAACUCUGGCGAGCAGAACAUGAGCGACGGAAGUUACUACACAACAUCACUCACGGAGAAUUUGCAGCGGGUGCUACUACGCCCUCGUACAACUCUAGUAGAACAAGUGCAGAACCAGGGUGACGACGAAAGUUGCGAGAAAUCAGACGAAGCAAAAGUAAAUCAGCUGAACCAGUUGCUGAUCGAGAGUGAUGCGGAAUUUUACGUGGCACUCACACGGGAGCUGAAAAAGGUGGAGGCGACGAUCAAGCAAGAACUUGGGAAAGAGUUCAAAUACGUGCACGUCGAUUUAGAGCCGCUUUGAGUUCUUGUUCGUGGAUGGAAACUUUUCUUGCUGCUGGUAGUUUAUCUACUUGAAAGGCACGACUGCAUAAGGACUACACGCCCGGGGCCGGAUUUGAAGAACCUGAGGACGCUCGUGCCUAAC